AAACAGGCAGUGCAGUCCAGUCUCAUAGCCGGCCACUCUGUGUCGGCGCACGAGCCGAGCAUUGUUCAAACAGCGGCGUUAAAGAGUAGAGUUUUAUUUUUGUACAGUGUUCUUUUUAUUGUAUGUUGUAAUAAUUCCUUUAUAUCCUGUGAUGCCUGCUAGUCUGUUUUCCGAAAUGGAUGGAAGUAAUAGCGGUCUUGAAGACCAAAGAGCACUACAAUUAGCUUUCGAGUUAUCCAUGCUAGGAUUCAAUGAUUCCUCACCCACAACGACUGAGCCUUCAACUGGCGAGACUCUUACGCCUGCCUUCCCCGACGAAAGCCGGGGUAAGAAGAGCCAAAACAUGACGGAGUGUGUGCCUGUGCCGAGCUCGGAACAUGUAGCAGAAAUUGUUGGCAGACAAGCUCCGUAA